AUGAGCACCUCAAAUUAAAAUUCAAGCGUCAAUAGCAGCAUACUGAAUCAGAAGCAAAAUAAUAAUCAGAUGAUAAUGCAGCAAUCAAACUCUGUAAAUUUCAUGAGUGCAAGUAAUUAUAGCAGUAAUCCUAACUCCACACUUAGACGUUAACAAACUGCUAACACUAUUAAUUAAAAUAUUGCAAAUAGUAAGAAUCUCCUAAACAAGAAACAUUAAUCAAUUUCUUCAGUCCCUGGUGCUCAAUAAUUAAAUCCAUUUCAGCUUUAGACCACUAGAUUUGGAAAUAAACCUCAUUUUGAAGUAGCUAAUAUUGGGCUUAGAAAAGGAUCCAUGCAACAACAAUAGCCAUAGGGGUUAAGCAGUGGUACAACACACCAAAAUAUUCCUAAACUCCAUACAUCAAAUAAAAGUUAAAAUGAGCUAUUACAAACAAAUCAACAACAAUAAUUGGCUAAUGGAAGUUUAUCUAGGAUGUAAAAUUAAAUAUCUGACCAUCCUACUGGAUCCCACCAACUAGUCAGAACUAAUAACUCAUUCAGUUCUAGAAAUAUGGAGAUAUCCAAAGAAGAAUCAAUGGAUCGUCUACAAGUCAUCUUAGAUAUCACCCUUAACCACAUAACGAUAUGUGAAACCGGUGCUAGCAUUGAUAUGCACCAAUCAAUGAUGGCAUAAUCCCAACUCUUCCAGUAGAGACCAAUAUCAAACAUUGCAGUUAUUGGAAAUAACAUUAAUUUAGAUACAAUUGUAAACUAAACUGACUUAUUGUCAAUGCAAAGUUCUCUUAUUUCUGAUGAAAAUACCGGUAAUACUGCAACAGCCUCACUUUUAGAAGGAUCAAUAGGAGUUCAGUUGCCUUAAAGCAAAAUCAAUACUGCUGCAAGGAGACAUCUAUUAAUUAAGAAUAUAGCUAAAGAUCUAGGGGAUGAAGGAGAAAAUUUGAACUAAUCCAAUGAAGAACAUGAACUAAACCAAUCAAGGAGAUAAUUGUUGAGGUCAACUAUUAUAGAUAAAGAUGUCCAUUAAGAAUCUACCAAGCAAUUUAUUGACUAAGAUUCACUAAUUACUGUACAGAAGCAUUUAGGAGAAUUAUCACAAGAGAUAAGUUCAUCCUCGCAAGAUUCAUAUGAUCCUAAUGACGGAGAUGGAAUACUUCCUCUUCUUGAGAGUUUUGUAAAGAAGAAUGAGCUAGCAUCGAUGAAGCAGUUUUCUUGUUUAAUCAAAGGUGAUACAUAGAAAGCUUUAAUUUACAGAGCAAUUGAGCAAAAGCAAAUUCCUAUGCUCAAAUAUUUAUUGACUGAAACCUAGAAAAUACUAUCGAAUCUCAAUUUACUACACAUUGCUUGUAGGCAAAGGGACAACAGCAAUGAAUCUAAGGAAGUAGAGAUCAUAAAGUCUAUUCUAAAAUAUGAUAGAUUUGCUGAUGUUAAUUCUCAAGAUACAUAUGGCAACACUCCAAUCCACUUGGCUGCUCAAAAUGGUAAACAGCAAGUUCUUUAGUAUAUACUCAAUACCUAAAAUCCAAAUAUCUAUAUCAAGAAUAGUGAAAACUAGCUUGCUCUGCAUGCUUCUACUUCCCAGGAGAUAUUAAAGAUCUUUGUUGCUCAUAUUCAAAAGAUGAAAGAAAAUAUGGCUAAAAAUGAGGAUGUGUCUCAAGACAAUUAAAACUAGAAUAGCAACAGAUCUCAUAAGACAAGGAGAAUUAUAACAAGAAAUAAGAGUGAGCAUCAGCUAAGCUCAGCAAAAAAGCAAAUUUCAGCUAGCUCAGUUGAUAAGUAGCCAAAAAGAGCUCCAUUAAAAGAUAUAUCAAAUUUCAUUCAAAAUGAUUAAAAUUCUCUGCAACUUAACAUCAACGGAAAGGCAGAUAGAAGAUAGUAAACAGAAUCAAAGAAUUCUAAUCAUCACUAUGAGACAGAACCCUCAAGUAGACUUAGAGUUAGAUAGAGAUAAGCGAGCAAGGAUACUCAAUAGUAUGAGAGCAUAAUGGAUUAUUGUAAUAAACAAGCCCAACAAAAGAAUCAUUUUGAAAAGGAUAAAAAAUACUUGCUUUUUAGAGAAGAAGAGUUUGAGAAGGUAGUUGAAUUUACUGAAAGUGAUGAAGAAGGCAGUAGUCAAGGAGCAAAAGAGAUGCGAGAUGAUGAGGAUAAUGACAGCUAAGGCAUGCAGUUCUGUGAUGAGAUUAGAGAAAUUUCAGAUGAAUCUUUCAAAAAUUCGAUGUUAAGACCUGAGUCCAAAAUUGGUCCUAAUUCUUUUGAACCAAUAUCUUUGCUAGGUUCAGGAAGUUUUGGGGAAGUCUACUUAGUUAAGAAAAAGGAUUCAAGCUAGUUAUUCGCGAUGAAGGUGUUACAAAAGCAAAAAAUAAUGGGACAGAACCUAGUAAAAUAUGCCAUUACAGAGAGAAAUGUGCUCUCUUACACUAGACAUCCAUUUAUUGUUGGACUAAAUUAUGCUUUCCAAACAAGAGAUAAAUUAUUUCUGAUUCUAGACUACUGUCCUGGUGGAGAUCUUGGAAAAGUUUUGACAAAAGAAAAGAGAUUGACUGAGGAGAGAGCAAGGAUAUAUCUAGCAGAGAUUUUAUUAGCUCUUGAAGACUUACACAAGAGAGACAUUAUUUUUAGAGACUUGAAGCCGGACAAUGUAGUCCUUGAUGAAAAUGGGCACGUUCUUUUAACAGACUUUGGGUUGAGUAAGGAAGGCGUUCUAGAUAACCAAGCUGCUAAAUCGUUUUGCGGGUCAGUUGCUUACCUUGCUCCUGAAAUGCUCAGAAGAACUGGUCAUGGCAAAAGUGUUGACUGGUAUCUACUUGGAGUUUUACUUUAUGAAAUGCUGGUUGGUAUACCACCUUACUUUAACAAUAACCGCGAAAAACUUUUCCAAGGCAUUGAGAGAGGUCCACUUCUAAUUCCUGCAUAGUUCUCUAAAGAAGCCAAAGCUCUCUUGAUAGGGCUACUUAGCAAAAAUUCAAUGAAAAGAUUAGGGGCCGGACCAAGAGAUGCAGAAGAAAUAAAAGAACAUGAGUUCUUCAAGGAUAUAAACUGGUAUGAUGUGCAACACAGAAAGCUUCAACCGCCAAAGCCUGAAAUCCGGGAGAUUAAGCAACUAGAAUUUCCAUAUGAAAAAUUUAUAGAGGAUUUCAAACAAAGCAUUUACGGUGAUCUAUUAGAAGAUGAGAAUAGGCUAGCAGGGUGGUCAUUUGCUACACCACAUGCAGAUAUAAUUUAGAACAACAUAAUUAGCAAGAUCUAGAGCAGAAAAUAAUUAGAGAGGGAUUAGUUAUAAAAUCAGUAAUGA